AUGCUUAAAGAGUCUAAUCCUAAGUGUUUCUGGAAGUUACUUGAGAAACUUGGUGAUUUAGAUAAAAACCCACAAAAGCAUGACAACAUCAGUGUAGAGUCAUGGUUAAAUCACUUUAAAUGUUUAAAUAAUAAAGUUAACGUGGAAGAUAAAAGCUUCUCACAGACUAUUGUAAAUGAUAUUAGUAGUAUGGAAAGUUUAGAUGAUUACAAACACAUUAUUAAUCAAGAUUUCACUAAUAAGGAAGAUCCAAGAUUGGCGACUGUGAAAAUUGCAAACUACCUUAACCGCAACCUGAGUGAUGAAGUCAUCGACAAAAUAACGGAAUAUUGUUCUUUUAAGAAAAUGAAGAAAUACAUGACAAAUGAAAAUAAUGAGGGAGAAUACUUGCGAAAAGGAGUUAUUGGUGACUGGAAAAACCAUUUCACUGUAGCCGAAAAUGAGGCUUUUGAGAAGAUUUACAAUGAAAAAAUGGAGGGUUCUGGUUUAAAGUUCGACUGGUGA